UUCAUCCUUUUCUCUCCACAGCUUCCCUUCACGUCUUUCUUCAACCCAUCCCUUUAUUGCUAGUUUUUUCAAGUCUUGGUUUACAAUGGCUGAUGUUGGCGGUUCAGCCUCUUCAGGUAGAAUGUGGUGUUCAGUUCCUGAAAGAUUCCAACUGCACUUGGCCAUGUUGGCCUUGCAGUUUGGUUAUGCUGGUUUCCAUGUGGUCUCCAGGGCUGCCCUAAAUAUGGGAGUUAGCAAGCUUGUUUUCCCAGUUUAUAGGAACACCAUCGCUUUGCUUCUGCUCCUUCCCUUUGCAUAUUUUCUAGAAAAGAAGGAGAGGCCAGCACUUACUCUCAACUUUGUCGUCCAGUUCUUCCUCCUUGCCCUUGUCGGAAUAACAGCAAACCAAGGAUUCUACUUGCUGGGCCUGGAAAACACGUCUCCAACUUUCGCAUCAGCAAUCCAAAACUCUGUCCCUGCCAUCACCUUUCUCAUGGCAGCUCUACUGCGGAUAGAGAAAGUUAGAAUAAACAGAAUAGAUGGAAUAGCAAAAGUACUAGGAACUAUCUGCUGUGUAGCAGGGGCCUCAGUGAUCACUCUAUAUAAUGGUCCAGUCAUAUACAGCCCAGCCCCGCAUCUAAACAGACCCGCACCUAUGUUUGUUUCACUUGGAGAUGCCAGGGGCAAGAACUGGACCCUUGGUUGCAUCUACCUCAUUGGCCAUUGCUUGUCCUGGUCUGGUUGGCUUGUGUUGCAGGCACCAGUUCUGAAGAAGUACCCCGCGAGGCUCUCGGUCACCUCUUACACCUGUUUCUUUGGGCUUAUUCAGUUCUUGAUUAUUGCUGCCUUCAUGGAGAGAGACCCACAGGCUUGGAUUUUCCACUCUGGUGGAGAACUCUUCACUAUCCUCUAUGCAGGAGUGGUAGCAUCAGGGAUUGCCUUCGCUGUACAGAUAUGGUGCAUUGACAGAGGUGGCCCUGUCUUUGUGGCUGUUUAUCAACCUGUUCAGACUCUUGUUGUCGCUAUUAUGGCCUCCAUUGCUUUAGGGGAAGAAUUCUAUUUAGGAGGGAUCAUUGGGGCAGCGUUGAUCAUUAUAGGAUUGUACCUGGUCCUAUGGGGCAAAAGUGAGGAAAAGAAGUUCUUGGCUUUGGAAAAGGCUGCCAUUCAGUCCACUCCUGAGCAUGGAAUCAGCAGGGCUCAAACCCACAUCAAGACCUCCCUCACUCAGCCACUUCUCCCCUCGUCAACAGAAAAUGUUUGACCGGCAAAGCCUCUUAACUCUUAACCACACAGUUGGCCGGAGAGCCAAGAUCCCAUGAAAAAGAAAAAAAAGGCAGUACUGCUCUAUUAAUUAAGAUGGCUUGUGUGUGUAUGAAGAAGUUCUUUUAAAUUUUUUUUCCGUAUGUUUCAGUCAUUUCAUGUUAGUAGGAGGUUGAGAAAGGGGAGAUUUUGAGGGGAUGGACAUUAUGAUUAUCAUCACUAAUGUGGCCCUAAAGGCCUGAAAUCCCCUAUGCUUUCUUUAUAUAUAUAUAUAUUUGUUAAAUUAUGGUUUGUUUUACGAAAUUAUAAAGAUAUGCAGAUUGCAAAAA